AUGGCCAAGAUCAAGUCUAUCGAGUACUUCCGGGUCAAGCCCCGCUGGCUCUUUGUCAAAGUCACCGAUGAGGAUGGCAACUUCGGCUGGGGUGAGGGGACACUCGAGGGCCACUCGCUGGCUGUCGAAGGAGCACUGGACGAGAUCAUCACACGCAUUGUCGGGUUUGAAGCCGACGACAUUGAGCACAUUUGGCAAUUUAUCUGGCGAUUGGGAUUCUACCGAGGAGGCCCGGUCUUCAUGUCCGCCAUGUCAGGCAUUGACAUUGCCCUGUGGGAUUUGAAGGGCCGCAAGUUGGGAGUUCCGGUCUUCCAGCUGCUGGGCGGAAAGGUGCGCGACAAGGUGCAGGUCUACUGCUGGAUCGGUGGCGACCGCCCGAGCGAUGUCGAGGCUAUGGCCAAGGCCCGAAUUGCACAAGGACUCAAGUGCGUCAAGAUGAAUGCCACCGAGGACCUCAACUGGCUCGACUCCCCCGCUGCCCUCCAAUCCUGCGUCGAUCGUCUCAAACAAGUCAAGGCAUUGGGGUUGGACGCCGGCCUCGACUUCCACGGUCGCCUACAUCGCCCGAUGGCCAAGCAGCUGGCCAAGGCAUUGGAGCCUCACCAACCUCUCUUUAUUGAAGAGCCUCUGCUGUGUGAGCACCCCGAAGCCAUCAAACAGCUCUCGAAUAGCACCACCAUUCCCAUCGCGUUCGGCGAGCGACUUUACACCCGUUGGGACGUCAAGCGCUUUUUAGAGGAUAGUUCCGUGGAUGUACUCCAGCCUGAUAUUGCCCACGCCGGUGGCAUCUCCGAGACCAAGCGCAUUGCGACAAUGGCCGAGACCUACGACGUGGCCAUCGCGCCGCACUGCCCACUGGGCCCCAUUGCCUUGGCGGCAUCUAUGCAAAUCGCCCUGUCAACCCCCAACUUUGUGAUCCAGGAGAUGUCCCUGGGUAUGCACUAUAAUCUUGAGGCCGGAGAUAUCGACUUGAACAGCUAUCUGGUGGAUAAAUCCGUAUUUCAUAUCAAGGACGGAUACGUAGCAGCCCUCACCAAGCCCGGUCUGGGUAUUGAGAUUGAUGAGGAGUUGGUGCGCAAGAUCAGCCAGGAGACAGAACCUUGGCAGCCCAAGGAGUUCUUUGGACCUGAUGGGUCUAUUCGGGAGUGGUAG